AUGUCUGAUUUUUGGUUGAAGUAUUUGGAUAAUCCGACCUUAUCGGUAUUGCCCCAUGAUUUCUUGAAGCCGGCUGAUAACCGGUCGGUCGAAGGUACAAAGACCUUCUCGAUUCCAAACGCAAAAGACUUUACCACCGGAUUGGCAAUUCUUGCUGCUUUAAUCUUCAGACUUACUGGAGAUGAUGACGUUGUCAUUGCCACGGAUGCAGAGAGCUCGGGUGUGCCUUUUAUUAUCCGCCUUAAUGUCGAACCUAAAAUGACUUUUAGCCAGCUUUUGGAAAAGGUCCGUGGGGAAUUCGAAACGAACCAACGGGAGGCAAAGUCUCACACUUUAGAUGAGAUUGCUGCUGCAAUCAAGGCAAAGAAAUCGCUAGAUAGCUAUCCUGCUUUGUUCAAGGUUUCUUAUCAGCAUGCUAGAGAAUCUCAAAAGUUGGAAACAUCUGUGGUCGGAUCUGUGAGGGAUAUGGCCAUAUUUGUUUCACCAGACGGCCAGUUCCAUAUUUUCUACAACUCUUUGCUUUAUCGUAGCGAGAGAAUAGACAUCUUGGCAGAACAGAUUGCUCAGUUCUUUGUUACCGUUGAAGAGGAUGCAUCAAUUGAAAUCACCAAAGUGAACUUGGUCACAGAUAGUCAAAGAGCACAAUUGCCUGACCCAACUUUGGAUUUGGAUUGGAGUGGAUAUCGCGGUGCCAUUCAAGACAUUUUCAUGAAAAAUGCUUUGGAGUUUCCUGACAGAGAUUGCGUGGUGGAAACCAAGUCUUUUAUGGAUGCAAGCUCUAAGACCAGAACAUUCACCUACAAGCAGAUUAACCAGGCGUCGAAUAUUGUGGGAAACUAUUUGAAGGAGACAGGAAUCAAGAAGGGCGACAUUGUGAUGAUUUACGCUUACCGUGGUGUAGACUUGAUGAUUGCCGUGAUGGGAGUAUUAAAGGCAGGAGCCACUUUCUCUGUCAUCGACCCGGCUUAUCCUCCAGCAAGACAAAACAUUUAUCUUUCUGUGGCCAAGCCGCAAGGUUUGAUCGGUUUGGAGAAAGCCGGUAUCUUAGACGAACUUGUGGAGGUGUACAUUUCUAACGAAUUGAAUGUGGUAUCUCACAUUCCCCAAUUAAAGAUUUGUGAUGACGGGACACUUGUUGGUGGUGAGUUGCCAGGCACUACUGGGGAUUGUUUGGAAGCAUAUGCAUCUUUCAAAGAUACUCCAACUGGUGUAGUUGUGGGUCCAGACAAUAACCCAACGUUGUCAUUCACUUCUGGUUCAGAAGGCAUUCCCAAAGGUGUCUUGGGCCGUCAUUACUCCUUGGCCUAUUAUUUCCCAUGGAUGGCAAAGAGGUUUGGUUUAUCCUCCGCAGACAAGUUCACCAUGUUAUCUGGCAUUGCACAUGACCCCAUCCAAAGAGAUAUGUUCACGCCAUUAUUCUUGGGUGCACAACUUUUGGUCCCUACCGCAGAUGAUAUUGGAACGCCUGGCAAAUUGGCUGAGUGGAUGGCCGAGUAUGGUGCUACGGUGACGCAUUUGACUCCAGCCAUGGGCCAGCUUUUGAGCGCCCAGGCAACUGCACCUAUCCCAAGCUUGCACCAUGCCUUUUUCGUUGGUGAUAUCUUGACCAAGAGAGAUUGUCUUCGAUUGCAGACUUUGGCGGAAAACGUCUUCAUUGUCAACAUGUACGGAACGACGGAAACACAGCGGGCGGUUUCGUACUUCGAGAUUGCCAGCAGAAGCUCCGAUGCCAACUACUUGCGCAACUUGAAGGAUGUGAUGCCAGCGGGAACCGGUAUGCACAAUGUUCAGUUGUUGGUGGUGAACAGAAACGACCGGGCACAGACAUGUGGCGUGGGAGAAAUCGGUGAGAUUUAUGUGAGGGCUGCGGGCUUGGCAGAAGGAUACCGUGGCUUGCCCGACUUAAAUAAGCAAAAGUUUAUCACAAAUUGGUAUGUGGACCCAGAGAAAUGGGUGAAGCAAGAUGAGGCGAACCAACAGCCGGAAGAAGCCGAAUGGAGAAAAGCUGGGUGGUUUGGUCCCCGCGACCGCAUGUACCGCACAGGCGACUUGGGACGCUAUUUGCCGGAUGGAAAUGUCGAGUGUUGUGGCCGAGCAGAUGACCAAGUGAAGAUCCGUGGUUUCCGGAUUGAGCUUGGUGAAAUUGACACAAACUUGUCCCAGCAUCCUUUGGUGCGGGAGAACGUAACGUUGGUGCGCCGUGACAAGAACGAGGAGCCCACGUUGAUCUCGUAUAUUGUGGCCAAGGAGUGUCCGGAGUUGACAGAGUUGAAGGACGACGUGGAUGAGCACAGCGACCCGAUAGUUCAAGGCUUGGCCGUCUACGGGCCAUUGAUCAAGGACAUUAAGAAGUUUUUGAAGAAGAAAUUGGCCAGCUACGCCAUUCCAACGUUUAUCGUGCCGUUGGUUCGUUUGCCGCUCAAUCCUAACGGUAAAGUGGACAAGCCUAAGUUGCCUUUCCCUGACACGGCACAAUUGGAAGCUGUGGCUAGGUUGACGGCAGCUUCGCAAGGUAUCAACCAGGACGAGCAAUCGCUCAAUGAAUUGGAGACGGCUAUUCGUGAUUUAUGGCUCCAAGUGUUGCCCACACGGCCAGCCAGCAUUGCUCGUGACGACUCCUUCUUCGACUUGGGCGGCCACUCCAUUUUGGGCACACGCAUGAUUUUCGAGUUGCGCAAAAAGUUGAAUGUGGACGUUCCCUUGGGCGCCAUUUUCAAGAGCCCCACGCUUGCAGGCUUUGCCCAUGAGGUGAGCCAGCAUAUCAAGGGCGAGUCAGCGCAGUUGGCUGGUGCAGUGGAAGAGAAAGAGACUGAGGAUACGAGCGUGAACUACGCCGAGGACGCCAAGCACCUUGUAGAAACGGCAUUGUUACCACUGUAUCCUUCGCUCGGAAAAGUGGACUUUACGCAGCCUGUUUCGGUGUUUGUUACAGGAGCCACUGGGUUCCUUGGGUCAUUUAUUGUGCGCGACCUUUUGUCUUGCCGCAAGGGCAACUUCAAGGUGUAUGCGCACGUUCGCGCGGCCAGCAAAGAGGCCGGGUUGGCGCGGUUGCGCAAAACGGCGCAGGCGUACGGCAUUUGGGACGAGGCGUGGGCGCAGCACAUUGAUGUUGUGUUGGGCGACUUGGCGCUUGCGCGCUUUGGCUUGCCCGAAACCGAGUGGGCCACGUUAGCCAAUACAGUGGAUGUCAUCAUCCACAAUGGUGCUCUUGUCCACUGGGUGUACCCAUAUGCGCAGUUGCGAGACGCCAAUGUCAUUGGCACCAUUAAUGUUUUGAACAUGGCUGCCACGGGCAAGGCCAAGCACUUUUCCUUCGUGUCGUCGACAUCCACGCUCGACACGGACUAUUUUGUCAAUGAGUCGGACGAGUUGACGGCGCGUGGUUUCAGCGGAAUCCUGGAGGCAGACGACUUGUCUGGGUCUGCGCUGGGCUUGGGCACAGGCUACGGCCAGAGCAAGUGGGCGGCCGAGUAUAUUGUGCGGCGUGCGGGCGACCGCGGCUUGCGUGGGUGCAUCACCCGCCCCGGUUACGUGACUGGGUUCUCACGCACAGGCGCCUCCAACUCGGAUGACUUUUUGUUGCGUAUGUUGAAGGGCUGCGCCGAGUUGGGUGCAUACCCGGACAUCACCAACAACGUCAACAUGGUUCCGGUAGACCAUGUGGCUCGUGUUGUGGUGGCUUCGGCGUUGUUCCCGCCCCAAAAUGACCACUUGGCCGUGGCGCAUGUGACGGGCCAUCCUCGUAUCCGCUUCAACGAAUACUUGGGCGCCUUGAAAGUGUACGGCUAUGACGUUCAUUGCCAGGACUAUCCACUCUGGCGCACUGCGCUCGAGAAGUUUGUUGUGCAAGACUCGCGGGAGUCGGCCUUGUUCCCAUUGUUGCACUUUGUGUUGGACAAUUUGCCACAGGAUACAAAAGCGCCUGAGUUGGACGACCAGAACGCUGUGCGUGCUUUGAAGGCAGAUGCCGCUUUGCUGGGUGAAGAUGUGAGUGCAGGCAGAGGCGUCGACGCUGCCCAGCUUGGCAUUUACCUCAGUUACUUGGUGAAGACUGGCUUUUUACCUGCUCCAACCGGCCAGGGUAAACCAUUGCCCGAGAUUUCCUUGACCAAAGAGACUUUGGACCUUGUGACUUCUGGUGCUGCGGGCCGUAGCUCGGCCAACUAA